CUGGUUAUAAUUAUAAAUAAUUUUAAAUUAUCGCAACAAAUUCAUCACUUUGAGUAUCCACAUUGUACACAUUCGUGUCUGAUUAUUGUUUAAAAUUGUUUAUUGUUGCGACUGCAAUUUUUAGUCAACGGGAAUAAAAUUUGAGGUUAUGUUUGUGAUUUUUUUCAAACAUAGUGGAUCGAAUUUUCAUCAAACCUUGGUGGAGCGAAAUGUCCAAGGUAGAAUGUUCAGACAAAUUGGCUUCGUUUGAAAGUCCCAUGCUACUUUUUAACUGCGAAAAUGCCAACAUUGAAGCGUACCGUUGCAAAGACUGCGACUUUCAAACGGAGCUGACGCUGAUUUUUAAACAACACGUGGUGAAGUGCCCAGAAAAGCAAGAUCUGAAGUACGAAUUUGCCCUAAAAAAAUUUAUUUGUGAGAAAUGCAGCUUCGACACUUAUUUUAUAAUGAAGUGGCUUCAGCAUAGAGCGGUUUGUUGGGGGAAUAAAAAGCCCCGAUUGACAAAUUUGUACUUGUGUGAUUUUUGUGAGUUCAAAUCCAAGUACAAAGGUGUGGUAAAAUUCCACAAAAUUGCGAAACACGUGAACGACGAUGACAUCUUGUGGUAUUAUUGUCCAUCGUGCCCAUACAAAGCUAAACAGAAAUCCUAUUUAAAAAAUCACGUAAAUUCGCAGCACUUGGACGACGAAUAUAUCAACUGGUACAAAUGUGAUAAGUGCCCGUUCAAAUCCAAGCAAAAAUGUAACUUAAAAAGUCACAUAAACGCGCGACAUUUGAACUCAGAGGACAUGAAAUGGUACAAAUGCAAAGACUGUCCAUACAAAACCAAAAGAAAAACCAUUUUAAACGAACACGUGAUUUUGAGACACUUGGACGAACAAUACGUCACGUGGUUUGAAUGUGACAAGUGUCCAUACAGAACUAAAGUACCGUCAGCUUUGAAACGUCACACAACCAAGCAACAUUACUUAGAUGAGAAGGACAUUAAGUGGCACGAAUGCAGCCACUGUCCUUACAAAGCUAAAUCAAAAGAACUUUUAAAACGGCACCUGAAUUCGCAUCAUAUGGAGGAAAAGGACAUUAAAUGGUACGAAUGCACAAGCUGUUCAUACAAAAGCAAGUGUAAUUCGAACUUGAGAAAACACAUGCAAGCGCUGCAUUCAAAUGAACGGGAUAUUAAAUGGUAUGAAUGUAAAAAGUGUCCAUAUAAAGCUAAGAGAAACGCGUAUUUGAAAAACCAUAUAAAACAGCAUCACUUGGAUGAAAAGGAGGUUAAUUGGUACGAAUGCCAAAAGUGUUCGUACAAGAAUAAACUGAAAAUGAACUUGAAUAGCCAUGUAAAGAGAAGGCACUAA